AAACAUCCUCUUUCACUUGCAAAACCCUAGCUAUCAUUCCUUGCUAUCUUUUGGCAUUGUUUUCAAAUGGAGAGAGUGACGAAGUUGGCAGCAGAGAAGCCGGUGGUGAUGUUCAGCAAGAGUUCAUGUUGCAUGUCCCACACCAUCAAAACCCUUUUCUAUGAUUUUGGAGUCUACCCAGCAAUACACGAGCUCGACGAGAUCCCUAGAGGAUGCGAAAUCGAACAAGCUCUCGCAAGGCUCGGUUGCAACCCUUCUGUUCCAACCAUCUUCAUUGGUGGUGAACUUGUUGGUGGAGCCAACGAGAUCAUGAGUCUUCAUCUUAACCGAUCCUUAAUCCCAAUGCUUAGACGAGUAGGGGCCCUCUGGGUUUAAUCCAAAACUCCAUUAACUUCCAACCCAAGGCACUAAUAAAACUAAGCUUAUAUUUAUAUAAACAGUCGCAUAAAUUAGAUCCAUCAAAGAAUAGAUUUCAGGUCUAGUUAACAGUACAAUGUUUAGAGAACUACUUUACAUUAUCUUACGAAUCAACGAGUCUACUCAGCGAGUGUAUAACCUU